AUGCCAAAGUCGAAGUUGCUGACAACGAAGCGGAAGCUGAAGCAUGUGGCCCUGCUGCUGCUUCUCUUCAUUUUGGCCACGGCCCUGCUGUCUAUCAGGCUUGACACUGCCUCCGAUGGCGACGCAGCAGGACGCGACAGUUACCUCCACUCGCGAGCCGUCGCAGCGGACGAAGCGGCGCUUGCCUUCAUCCCACGCAGGGCUGUGGACACAUGGAGCCAGCGGCAGUACCUGCUAGUGCUGGGCGUUCCAUCGGAAGACACUGAGGCGAGGCGGAGGCGACGCAACCUGCAGCGGUCGACGUGCUGGCGCUUCCCCGGUGUGGCGACGCGCGCGAAUGGCUUUGCCGGUGCAAUGCUUGUGCUCUACGUCCUUGGGCGGCACCCGGCACACGGCUACAACUACUCUGCCGCGCUGCAGGAGGAGGCGGCGCUGUGGCACGACGUGGUCGCAUUGCCAAUGAAUGAGGGGCGUGUGGCACCUGAAAAGAAAGUCGGCGUUGGUGGAUUCUCUGGCGUCGAGGCUGCGAUUGGUAUGAGCCGCAAGACGUACCUGUGGUUUGACCUUGCGCUCCGCCUCUUCCCCACCGCCAGCUAUCUUGCGAAGGGCGAUGAUGACAUGUUCCUCCGUGUGCCGCUCUUCCUGGCCAACCUGCGCCUUCUGCCGCGCCGAGGUAUCUACAUGGGGAUUCAUGCCGGGACGGGGAUUCGCGUGCAAAACCGCUCAUUAGGUGUGAACUUCAUGGCUGGCUGGUGCUACACGAUGUCGAGAGACGUGGCGGGGGCGCUGGUGUCGUAC